AUGCGCGUCCUCCUGCUCGGCGCUACAGGCAACGUUGGCUCUCGACUGCUCCCUUCGCUGGUUGCGCAUGGACACUCUGUCAUAGUCUACGUCCGGAACCCCUCCAAAUUACCCUCCCCCGCCUCAGCCUGCGCAUCGGCCGUCGUCACUGGCUCCGCAACCGACAGCGCGGCGGUUGAGUCAGCCAUUCUCUCCCACGAAUGUGAUGCUGUGAUCAAUGCGGCCGGUGUAGCGCCCGUGUGGGGUGAGUCGGGGGAGCUUCCAACGAUCUUUGCCGCGGUGGCCGAUGCGGUGGAAAAGGUGCAGGAAAGGCGAGGCGGUGCGCCAUUGCGGGUGUGGUUUCUCAGCGGUUUUGGCAUUUUGGACCAUCCUGCAGGCCGGAUGAUGAUUGACUACAUCCCCGUCUACACGAUCCACCGACACAACUUCGCUCGCAUUCGAGAUGUCCCCAAGCAGAAACUCGCUUGGUCGCUAUUCUGUGCCAGCACCAUGACACCACGCUCAGAAGCGGUCGACUACACCCCAAAGCCGGGCGCUGGCGCAGAACAACUAGUCGCGAAGGUUGAAUCGCCGCCUGCUUGGUCGAGAACGCUGUUGUGGAUACCGUUGCUGGGGAAGUAUUUCAAUGUAAUGGCGCAAGCGGCGGGGUAUGCUGCUCCACUGGAAGAUUGCGUGGACUUCAUCGCGGGUGAUCUUCAAGCAGGGUUGGAAAGCCAGUAUGUCGGCCAUCGGGUGGCUGUGAAGGUGAAAUCGAAGAGCAGUUGA